AGUGCUGCCCCCGCCUGCCCAGCUUGGGUUCUUCGGUCACAGUAGCUCAGUCCUCCAAAGCUGCUGGACCCCAGGGAGAGCUGACCACCGCCUUAGCAGCCGGCUGAAUCCACCUGCACAAUGCCGCUCUCAGGAACCCCAGCCCCCAACAAAAAGAGGAAAUCCAGCAAGCUGAUCAUGGAACUCACUGGAGGUGGACAGGAGAGCUCAGGCCUGAACCUGGGCAAGAAGAUCAGUGUCCCACGGGAUGUGAUGUUGGAGGAGCUGUCACUGCUCACGAACCGGGGCUCCAAGAUGUUCAAACUGCGGCAGAUGCGGGUGGAGAAAUUUAUCUAUGAAAAUCAUCCUGAUGUCUUCUCUGACAGUUCAAUGGAUCACUUCCAGAAGUUCCUUCCCACAGUGGGGGGACAGCUGGACACAGCUGGUCAGGGAUUCUCCUACAGCAAGGGCAGCGGUGGAGGCCAGGCAAGAGGAAGUGGCUCUGCUGGACAGUAUGGCUCCAAUCAGCAGCACCAUCAGGGCCCUGGGUCUGGAUCUGAAGGUACAGGUGGUCCGGGAGGCCAGACUGGCAGAGGAGGAACUGCUGGCACAGCAGGGGCUGGCGAUACAGGAACAGGAGACCAGGCAGGUGGAGGAGGAAAACAUAUCACUGUGUUCAAGACCUAUAUUUCCCCAUGGGAGAAAGCCAUGGGGGUUGACCCCCAGCAAAAAGUGGAACUUGGAAUUGACCUGCUGGCCUAUGGGGCCAAAGCUGAACUCCCUCAAUAUAAGUCCUUCAACAGGACGGCAAUGCCUUAUGGUGGAUAUGAGAAGGCAUCCAAACGAAUGACCUUCCAGAUGCCCAAGUUUGACCUGGGACCCUUGCUGAAUGAACCCCUGGUCCUCUACAACCAGAGCCUCUCCAACAGGCCUUCUUUCAAUCGAACCCCUAUUCCUUGGCUGAGCUCCGGGGAGCCUGUAGACUACAACGUGGAUAUUGGCAUCCCCUUGGAUGGAGAAACAGAGGAGUUGUGAGGUGUUUCCUCCUCUACUUUGCAUCAAGUGUCCCCUCUCUGGUUCCAAUUUGGAGAGGGAAACUGAGCAAGAUACCCCCACUGUAAAUCUAGUAUCCUUUUGGAAAUGGAGGGAAAAAGGAGGGAGAAAUCUGCCUUUCCAUCCUUCACUCUAAGUUCCCACUCCAGGCAUCCUUCCUCACCAGCUCAGAGCUCCCCUUCCACUUUCUCUGUACGGAAACUGCUCUUUUAUGGAAUUUGCUCUGCCACCGGUAACAGUCAAUAAACUUCAAGGAAAUGAACUCA